AUGCCUCGCGGUGGACUGGCUCACCGACGGUCUGAGGGUCGCUCCCGGAGCCCCGUGCGGAGCCCGGAGGAUGGCGCCGUGCGGCUGACGGAAAGCGCCGGGAUCCCGCCGACGUCCCGAGGUUCCCGUGCAGGCGGCGCGUCGGGAGCCAUGAACGUGGGCACGGCGCACAGCGAGGUGAACCCCAACACCCGGGUGAUGAACAGCCGGGGGAUGUGGCUCUCCUACGUCCUGGGCAUCGGCCUCCUGCACGUCAUCCUGCUCAGCAUCCCCUUCGUCAGCGUGCCCGUGGUCUGGACCCUCACCAACCUCAUCCACAACCUGUGCAUGUACCUGCUGCUCCACACGGUGAAGGGGACGCCGUUCGAGACCCCCGACCAGGGCAAGGCCCGCCUGCUGACGCACUGGGAGCAGAUGGACUACGGCGUGCAGUUCACCGCCUCCCGCAAGUUCCUCACCAUCACCCCCAUCGUCCUGUACAUAUUGACCAGCUUCUACACCAAAUACGACCGCGUCCACUUUGUGGUCAACACCGUCUCCCUGCUCACGGUGCUCAUCCCCAAGCUGCCCCAGCUGCACGGCGUCAGGCUUUUUGGGAUUAAUAAGUACUGACGCCCCCCAGAGGAGGUCGCCUCCCUCCCCGUGUCCCCCGUGGCUUGGCCACGCCCACCCGGGGACUCCGUCAUCCAAUCAGAGACCGGGACGCUGCGGAAGGAAGACGGAGGGAAAACGCCACGUUGACAAAAAACUUUGGGGCUUUUUUUCUUUUCUUUUUACAGAAAAAGGACAACGUUUAAUGGCCUUUUCUGUUGAAGACGGAGUUUCAGAAUGAGGCCGCGUCCCAGGUUAUUUUGUGUGUAAUGACACGCUGCUGUGUUUGUUCAGAGGCGAGACACCAGAAACCACGAGGUUUAAAUCUGGCCCUCCGCUCAGCUCCCGGGUCCAGACCAGGAAGUGAGCCGGGGCUUAUUUUUAACUGGCCGUGCCCAUAUUUGGAGAACUCUUGUCCUGGUUUGUCCUGGCUCCUCUGGUCCAGAUGAUACACACAUUUACCAACAAACACGGUACGCCUGAGCAGGAUAAUGCAGUCCGGUACGUUAGGCCUGCUUUAGAUCUGAAAAUGGAGCCACCUUCUUCAUUUCCAUGUACAUUAGAAAUGCAUUAAUUGCAAAUCUCUCAGUCAUUUUAUUAUUUUCUGCUCAGCGUCUGUCAGCAUUUUCUGUUAACUCGACCCCAAAGAGGCCUGGAUGCACAGGUGUCUGUGGGAUAAUAAUGGUAAUACGCACAAAAACGCUGACUGCUUUUAUUCUUUAUCUGGCUCUCAACAAGUCAAUCAAACAGGAGAAUGUUAGAAAUACUUUUUCAUAACACAAAUAAUGUUACAUCAAUGCUUAAAUAAGUCCCUCGUCUUAUGGAAGCUAAUAGAAAUCAUAGAAAAUAACGACAUGUAUUGUUGAGUUUGCCUAGUUCCACUCUUCUCACUUCCACCCCCGCUCUUAAAAUAUCACUUUUUUUUUGUUUUGUUCUGCUUUUAGCUUAUUUUCCUGCUCUCUGGUCCUGAAAAAGAAUAGAAUCAGGAGUGGCUUUACAUAAUGAGGGAACCCAAAGUCCGACAGAUGAGAAAAAGCAGCUCCGUAUGACGUCACCUCAUCAGUUCGUUUUGGCAAAACAACUGAAUUGAGGUUAGAUUUUUAAUAAGAAAUAGUGGCAAAGAGAAACUGCAAACCCAAACUCCAGAUUUGAAAUGGAUCAGCCGCUUUUCGCUCAGUUUAAAUCAUGUCAUAAGUUUGAAAUUCUGCUCAAAUCCACAUCAAUAUGAGUCUGAUAGGAUGUUUUUAAUUGCACUUUGAGGUGGAAGGCCUCUUUAGUGGGUGGUGAUGGUCGUAGGUGGCCUAUCAGGGGCCGCGUUUCCGUCCCAUUUCAACUACAUUUCUUGCAGUUAUUCAUAAACCUGAGCCGAAUAGAAACCAGUGGUCAUCAGUCCAGUGAGCUCUGAGACCAAACCGAAGGGGAGAGGAUUCUGAUAAAGCCAGUGGCUCUCGCAGGACUCUGUAGGAAUGUGAUUCAUGUCGGUACGUUGUAAUCGUUGCAUGUGGAGGAGUUUGGCGAUCUGCAUCCAGGAAAGCGGCUUAAAAAAGGUAAUUUUGAGCCGAGGUUCCAUUAAACUCUUUACUGAACGUGUCUGGAGUUUCCUUUAAUGCUGAGGAGGGUUAGAAAUAAGGAGCCGAGUGUUUGUUAUGUGCUUUGUGCUGUUUUGUGUUCGGUAUGUAGACCGCCCGAAGAACUCAUUAGAACUAAUUGAUUGAACUGGCAAGAUUGGAUCAUUAUUUAUCAAUCCAACCAGUUAGAAAACGCGGGGAGUCUGAUCUAUUUCUUCCUCAUCCUCACAUCUGAAGAGCCUGGGGGCCAAAUGGAGAUAGCACAAAACAACUUUUCCCACUUGUUUUAAAGGGAUUUAUUUGAUUUGGUUGUUUUAAAGGUGGAACUGAACUUCUUCUUUUUUUUCUUUUUCAAAACCAGUGUUCUCAUCUGGGAGCUAAAACCAGAGUCUGAGCCUGAAGGACUUUUUGUUGCUUUCGUUAACUCCUGUUCGCACUUUUCAGGAUUCUUGUCGAAUGUAAAUGUAGAACAGAAAGCUAAGUGGUUUGUCUUUUUUUUUUUUGGGACACUAUUCAGGAAAUCCAGUUUCGACCCGUCUCCAGUGGAUGAAGUACGAGGCUUUGGUACUUAAAGCCAAGAGCUAUUUACCGAAAACCUUGAAUGGAAAAUCAUUCAUGAAUAAAAGUGGAAUCCU